AUGUGCCAGGGUAGAGCGAGUUCCAUUCUUGUCGGGACUGUGUCGCUGAAGAGGGGGAGUUUCCUGCCGUCGCGUGUGUCGAUGGUACAUGUCUGAGGCUCUCAUGGAUAGAAAUCCGUUGGAAGAUGGACUUGUGUCCGCAGACUUCUCGCCAAUAAUGCGGACCAAAAAUCUCACCGUAGUAGGAGCACCAUGCGAGGAAGGGUUAGACUACACCAGCAGGGGUUUUUGAAAACUAGAAACUGCCCAGGCUCGGAUCAAACACCCCGACCACCAACGCGCGCCACGCCAGAGCACGUCAGUUGCGAAAAAAAAACUUGUGGCUUCCACCAUGCCGUCGGGAUCAUCUUAAUGCUAUGGGUAUCUGAGACUAAUCUAUUUUUAGCACAAAACCGACCUGUCCACUUUCGCCGCCGCUCCUACAACAAGUAGUAGCAGUAGCGUCUGUUGUUGUGUUUUGUAUCGUUGGGACUGGUUCACAACACGUGCCUUGGUGAGCAUAGUACCUGCCAGCCCUCUUGUAGAAGUGGUUUCUCACAUAAGUCCUCUAUUCCAAAACAUCCAUGGGGACUCGUGGUCACAAGGUACGGCACCCUCGACACUGCGAAGAAAUCAAAUAACAAAUAUAUGUAGGCUACCGUAUAUGACACAAGAUAACCCACCCCCUUGACCGAUUUUCGAAGCUCGAUUACUCCACGACGAAGAGGAUGCAUAAACGAAAUGAUACACUUUCGAAAAGCUAUGAACGAGACGGUUUCAACGCCACCGUNCAAAACAUCCAUGGGGACUCGUGGUCACAAGGCUACCGUAUAUGACACAAGAUAACACUCCCCCGGGACGGAUUUUCAAAGCUCGAUUACUCCACGACGAAGAGGAUGCAUAAACGAAAUGAUACACUUUCGAAAAGCUAUGAACGAGACGGUUUCAACGCCACCGUUUUCGGCGCUGUGACUGUUCUUGCAGUUGAGAAAUCGAGCUUCGAAAAUCGGUCAAGGGGGUGGGUUAUCUUGUGUCAUAUACGGUACAUAUCACUCAGAGUGGGAGGCAACGGAAGAAAAAGAAGGAUUAUUACGAGGCAUUUUACGGUGAGAAUUUAUCGCGGAAAGUGUGGGUGGUGUCAAUCGUGGUGUUGUUAUCCAUGACACAAUGAAUGCUUGUUGCUCUCCGUAUUCAUUCUCUUGUAAGCCUUGUUCCCCCCGUUUACCCAUAUCUCAAUACCCAGCACUGCACUGUGGUCAUCGACGUAUAGACUCGUCUACACGACAGCAGUAGUCGUCAUGUCAUCGCGCCGUUCGUAACGCUUUGUGCCCUCAUGUCUUGCACACUGGGCAGGCGACCGGCGAGGAGAAAG